AUGGUGCUUUGCGAAGGACCCCGGCUGUUGGACUUUGCAAAGACUCCUCAGCACCUUCAGUUCAACAAGUAUGUCCUGACGGGGUACCGGCCAGUGUCUACAGCUCAUGAGUGCCUCAGGAGCCUCUUCUACAUGCACAAUGAGCUGGGGAACAUUUACACCCAUGGCGUCCCCUUUUUCCUUUUCUUGGUGCUGCUGCCUUUCAGCAUCCCCUGGAUGGAGGUGGACAGUGGCUGGAUCUGUGUGGUCCACUACCUGGCCUGCCUCUCCCCCACUGUGGGCUCAGUGGUCUAUCACAUAUUCAUGAACCAUGUGGGAGGAGAACAUGUGUACGACACCCUGCUGUCCCUGGACAUGUUCGGGGUCUGUCUGGUUAACACCUUGGGUGCACUUCCCAUCAUCCACAUCACCCUCCUUUGCUACCCAACCACGCGACACACUGCCUUGCUGGCCUACAUCCUCCUGUCAGCCUACGGCAUCUACUGUGCCACCACUGCCCGCACUAAUGUCCUGCGCCUGCGAGCAUUCGUCUGGCAGGCCCUGUUCCGCUUCAUCCUCUUCCUGUUCAGGGUGUAUGGCAGCGGGGUGGGCAGCCCAAACUCCCUGCGCCUCUUCGUCAUCAUGGACUCUCUGGCUGUACUGGGAGGGCUGGUCAACAUCAUCCAGAUCCCUGAGCGCUUUGUCCCCGGCGCCUUUGACAACUGGGGCAACAGCCACCAGAUAAUGCAUGUCAUGGUCAUUUGCUCAAUUAUCUACCUGCACUGGGGCACACUGGAGGAUUUAGCCUGGAUUAAGAGCUACCAGUGUCCUACUGAGUGAUGCCAAGUGUAUUGAGCACACACAUGCAUGCACUGAAGGCUGCACUGAUAGAAAUGAGAUAUAGGAUUCGGCGAGGCCAUGCGGUAUAGUGAGAAGAGAGGCGAGUUGUUUCAAAAUGCACUUUAGUCUUAGCUGCUGAAAUU